GAUGUGGUCUGUAUUCUCGCCAAGCAUCCUCCACACCCUCGGCAGUCUGUUGAUCGCCUCAUCACUGCACAUGGCGCCACCAUGUUUCUCCCCGCCCUCAAAUCUUUCAUGCACGAGCACAUGCCACACAAUAACAUCAUCCCCGGUCCACAUGACCGGUUUGAUGUUUAUCGACAAGUCAUCAUAGUUACCCCGCCUGAUCCACGCACCAGUGACUCACCAAAGCAGUGGCGCAUUAGAGCGACACCUGAAGUGCAGCCUGGUCCUGCCAGCCGAAAACCUUGGUCCCCCGCUAGAUUCGAUAUGGCGCUGAUAAGUGAUGGUGCUCGAACGACGAAUUUGCAGACACUCGAAGGUGUGCGAGUUGCACAAGUUUGUAUCAUCUUUACCCUCCCUCGUCAGUUUCUAGUUGGAACGAACUCCCGAGCGCUAGCUUACGUCGAGUGGUUCACGCCGCUUCGGGAGCCAGAUCCCUCCUCUGGCCUGCGUCAAGUGUCAUGUUCGACUCGUCAGCUGCAUCGGAAUGCAGUUGUGAUCCAUCUUGACGAAAUGGUUCAUCCAUGUCACCUCAUUCCAAAAAUGGGACCAUCUGUUGACCCUGGGUGGACGAGCGCAAACGUCUAUGAGACGGCACAUGAUUUUUAUUUUAAUACUUUUAUUGACCUUGAAACAUUUUGUAUUUCCACUCGUAGUGACUAG